CGGGAAGCAUACAGAAAGCACGCAGGCGAGCGCGGGUGCAGAGGGACCCCUCUUGGGGAGGCUAAGCUAGCAACGCUUUAAGCGCCGGCUUAACUCUAAACCAGCCGCCAAGCUCCCGCAUCCCCGGACGGCUCAGGUUCAGCUUUGCUGAUUCCGCUCAGCGGCUCAAGCAGACAGGGCCGGGAAGCCCCCUCUCUGGCGGCCAUCGGGGACGACAGGCAGGGCUAGCGAAUGCCUCUUCCAUGCAGAUGGAGCGAUACGGGGCUCCGAGGCUGCCCGGGGUCCUUGGGCUUCGGAAAGAGGGCAAGUCCUGAGCCCUCCUUUACCCAGAGGAGGCAAGGGAGUCACAGACGCAAGCCACCCCCCCCAAGUGCUUUCACAGGGGUCCUUUCUUGACCAUUCCGCACACGGAGAGCCCGCCAGCCUGGACACAGCGCCGAGGGGGAGGGCCGACCCCCCCUCCUCAGGGGGAUGUGUUUCUAAAAACCGACUCUCUGCGGGGCACGAAGGUGGAAAAGCCAAACGCCCUUGGCCGUCCCCCACAAGCUUUUGCAGGGGGCUGAUGGCUCGGGCAGGGCUCCCUGGUCCUCCAGGAGGCUCCUCGGCCCAGCAUCCCCCCCCCAGGGAACCUUUCCCACGGAGCUCGGGAGGGAAGGCAGGCGGCCAGAGUGGGGGGGAACCUCCAAGGGGGAACACGUCCGGGGCCAGCCGGGCCUCUCAGGGGUGGCCAGAGGUACUUCCCGGCUCUAGACCGCGGAACAGGACAUGACCCACAGCCCUUUAGUGGCCGUGGCAGGUGUCCAGAUAUCUGCAAGGCCGGAAGCUGGGAGAGGGAGAUAACGAUGACAGGCCACGAUCAUGUUGCAGAAACAGCAUCAGCUGCCAGCGAGGGGAAGCCACUGGCUGAUAACAGCCCUUGUGGCGAGGCUGAGUUCUUCAAAGAGCUCACCAUGCAUCAAGAGAUGAUGAGCAGAAACGAUGGGGCUUGGGGCCCUCCCCCCUUUGGACCAGAUAAGUCCGGGUGUGAGUUGACUUGAGUCAUUCAGCCUCUCUCUUCGCUUUCCGGGCCUUGAAAUGGAUUGCCAUCAAGAGACGUUCUUGGUCCGUUAAUGAAUCGGCAGAGAAGGCGGGAGGGGCCCGAUCUGAGAGCAGCGGCUUGAACAAGGGGACGCGGAGCGGGGGGGGCGCUGUGGAGCACGUGGGGGGGUCCACGCCAGAGGGGAGACACAACCCGAGACCCACCGUGGGCCAGCCGAAGUCCCACUUCCACUUUGGGGGUUACAGAAAACCUCUCUGUGGCCAGAACAGUUCCUGCAGCUCAGCCCCAAGGAAGGGCGCUGGCCAUUUCCCACGGGGCUGGCUCGUCACACGGCCGGCAGCAAAUCCUGUGCGACACCGAGGGACGUGAGGAGGGACGACUCUCCCUGCCACUGCUUGCUCGCAAAUCGCAGAAGGAAAGAGAAGUCGCUCUGCCUGGAUUUGGCCCCGCACGACGACUCCCUUCGGCUGCUCCUUCCGCAGCAUGGAUUCCCACAGUCCUGUCGGCUUCGUCCUCCUCCUCUUUCUCUUCCAGGCUGCAGGAGAGAGGAACCUCCCGCAGAACCUCACCUGCAACCCGGGAAGCUCCCUCCUGCUUUGCCUUGACCUUCCGGAGGGGGGGGACUCCUCCUCCGCCCACGUCCUGCUCUGGUCUGCUUCCAAGCGCAAGGGGCUUGUGAUCUGGACCCCCGAGAGAAAGCAGUACGUCGUCAAACCCUCCCAUUCCGGCAGGAUCACCUAUCUGGGCUAUAGCUCGUUCCAGCUCAACAACCUGCGGCAGAGCGACGAGGGAGUCUACGAGGUGCUGGUGCGGACCCCGGGAAGCCCCAACCCGCUGCUGCUGCACGAAAGGACGUCGUAUUCCUUUGGCAUCAACAUCACCACCGAUCUGCUGGUCAACAAUUCCUGCACCCUCGGCCUGCACUGUGAGGCACCUCCUCCAUCAUUCAGGAUUCCAGGAGACUUCCUCGUGGGCUACACCACGGCCAAAGUCCUCCUCACCCCCCCGCCCCUCUUCUUCCUGUACUUGUACUUCUUGAAAAGAAAAGAGUCCAGACAGAAAAGUUACCCUGUGGAAAGCUUUUCGAUGGCCCCCACAGUGAGCCCUCCGAGGGAUCCAACCGAAACCUCUCCUAUGGAUCCUGAUUUUUGAAACAGAUUGCAGGCCUUCCAAUUUGUGUAAAAAACAAAACAAAAUUCAAUAACUUGUCAAAGUGAUGUAAGGGAAAUCAUGAUUAUGUUUCCCCUCCUGGCUUCCCCAAAAAGUCUAAGCAUUGCUUUCUGUUGGAAAAACAAGUUCAGCUUACCAACCCAAUUUAUAAUGGCUUACCUGG